AUGUGGAAGUCCAGACCUGCAAGGCAACAAAUAAAGGAUAAGGAUCUACCAAGUGGAGUACCUCCACAAAAUGGGCUGACUUUUAACCUUUGGUACAAUAAAUGGUCUCAAGGAAGCACAGGUAACGGGAAUGAACGUCAUGUUACCCCUUUUAGAUUGGACCCAAAGAAGGAUCAAGGUACUACAAGGGCAUCAUCCAAGGAUGAUAAAUUUUGUAUCUAUUUUGCAAGAGGUUGUUGUGUAAUGGGGAGCAAAUGUAGUUAUAUGCAUCAUGUUCCAGAUGAGAAUGAUGCAAUACUAUGGUCUCAAAAUGAUAUGAUUGAUUGUUUCGGAAGAGAAAAACAUGCAGAGUUUAGAGAAGAUAUGGGUGGUAUAGGUUCUUUCAGGAGACAAAAUGCAACGUUAUAUAUUGGAGGUAUUACUAAUGCUUUGAAUGGGAAACCUUUGAAACCAACACAGAUAGAGAGCCGCAUACGAUUUAUGUUUACUAGAUUAGGAAGUAUAGACCGUAUCCGGUAUAUAACUGAAAAGAAUUGUGCAUUUGUGAAAUAUAGAAGACAGAUAAAUGCAGAGUUUGCCCGAGAGGCAAUGAUGAAUCAAAGUCUUUUAAUACCGAAUGAUAAAGAAUGGGAUCAAAGGUUAGAAGGUGCAGGACUAUUAGUUAAAUGGGCAAGCGAUGAUCCUAACCCUGAAGCUAAACGUCACAAAGAGCAAGAUGAAAAGAUUGAAAUGUUAAAUAUUCUAAAGAAACUUUCCCAAGAACAUAAUGCUAGAAAUUUAGAACCAGUUGCACAGAAUGAUAAGAAAGGAACUACCAUUUCAAAUAGUGACGAUUUAGAAUCACAUCAGAGUCAGUUCAUGAAACAAGCCAUCUCGAGAAUGAAAGCAAGGGGGAUUACUGUCAAACCGAACCCAAAGAGACAACGUACUGAGUAG